AUGAUUCCCGUGAUUGAUAUGGAAGACAGUAUAGCAAUCCGUGGCAAUGCCAGGCGCAGUCGCAGAGGUCAAACCAUCACUAAUUUUCAUCAUUAUCGCGUGGAAAUUUUUUUUGAGGUUGUUGAUUUAAUUAUACAAGAGAUGAAUAAUCGUUUCUCGGAAGUUAGCACGGAAUUGCUUAGUUGCAUAGCAUGUCUUGAUCCAAAAAGUUCUUUCUCUCAAUUCAAUGUGCAGAAACUACUCCGUCUUGCUGAUUUAUAUCCUGAAGACUUCUCAAGUAACGAUUAUUUAUAUCUUGAGUCUCAACUUCGAAAUUAUAUUUAUAAUGUGCAACGCGAUCCUCAAUUUCCAGAAGUUGGAGAUUUGGGAAGUCUUGCUCAACAAAUGGUUAAAACUGGUAAAAAUACAGUUUUUCCAUUGGUUUAUCGUCUGAUCCAGUUGGCAUUAGUUCUACCAGUUGUGACUGCUUCUGUUGAAAGAGUAUUUUCUGCAAUGAAUAUUGUCAAGACUGAUUUGCGCAACAAAAUGGGAGACGAGUGGAUGAAUGACUGUCUGGUUGUAUACAUUGAGAAGGAUAUUUUUGCAACAAUUGAAAAUGAGCAAAUAUUGCAGCGUUUUCAAUGGAUGAAGACUCGCAGAAUGCAAUUGCCUCCUCUUCGUUAUUCGAGUGCAACAACUACCAAUACUUCAAGUGUUAAUCAAUAA